AUGGAUAUUUACGCCUCAGCGCUGUCGCCGGCGCUGGAUAUCGGCGCAGGAUGCUACCUGCUGGUUUUAACCGUGCUCUCCACCGUGGGAAACCUGCUUGUCCUCGUCAUGGCGUUCAGAAGGUCGUCCCGCAUGAAGCCGCCGGAGCUGCUCAGCGUCAACUUGGCGGUGACGGAUCUCGGCGCGGCCGUCACCAUGUAUCCCCUGGCCGUGGCCUCGGCCUGGAGCCACCACUGGCUCGGCGGAGACGUUUCCUGCAUCUACUACGGUCUGGCGGGCUUCUUCUUCGGCAUUGCCAGCAUCAUGAACCUCACCAUCUUGGCCGUAGUGCGCUUCAUUGUGUCCCUCAAUCUGCACUCUCCCAAGGAGAUCAUCAGCUGGAAGAAGGUGAAGAUGCUGUGCAUGUGGACCUGGCUGUACGCUCUGGUCUGGGCUCUGUUCCCCAUCCUGGGCUGGGGCCGGUACGGGCCGGAGCCCUUCGGCCUGUCCUGUUCGCUCGCCUGGGGGCAAAUGAAACACGAGGGCUUCUCUUUCGUCGUCUCCCUGUUCUCCGUGAACCUGCUCGCGCCGAGCGUCAUCAUCGCCUUCUGCUACUUUGGCAUCGCCAUAAGGCUCUACGUCACCUACAAGAAGUCGGCGAGCAGCAGCCGCGUCCCAAACAUCGUCAAACUCCACCGGAGGCUUCUGACAAUUGCCGUUUUGAUCAGCGUGGGCUUCGUGGCCUGCUGGACGCCCUACGGCUUGGUGAGCCUGUGGUCCGUUUUGAAUGACAGCAGCAAAAUCCCGCCCGAGGUCAGCCUGCUGCCCUGCAUGUUUGCAAAGAGCUCCACCGUCUACAACCCCAUGAUCUACUACUUCUUCAGCCAGAGCUUCAAAAAGGAGGUGAAGCAGCUGUCGUGGCUGUGCCUGGGCUCCCACGCCUGCCAGGUGUCCAGCAACGUCAGCGAAAACAACAUUUACAUGGUCAGCCUCAACCUCAAGUCCAAGGAAGUGGCGCGGGAAACCUUGCAAGAGGAGGUCACCGAGUCGAGACAGUGACUUCGGCGUGAGGGAAUCUGAGAUGAGUUGUCAGAGGCCUCUUGAUUCUGGAACGGAAAGGUGUCCUCUGUGUUAUGACUGGGUGACCGGGUCCUUAGACAGACAGGCAUGAUGGGUAAAAGGGACUGGGUUCAAAACUGUGAAUGUUCCAAGAACUACAAAUAUAUAAAAGAAAAAAAAAAGUGCCCAAUUUAGUCAUGGAGAUGACAUAUCUGACAUCUGAGUAAACCGCGCUUACACAAGAAAUGAUCGCAAUCGGCGGGUUUGAGACGUUGCGGCACGUUUAAGGUCACAGGGAGAAGAUGCCGCGUAGCGAAAGUUCAAAGCCAAAUGCCGAAUGGGAAACUUACAAGAACUGCCGGAAAUGUUUACUUUAUGGACUUUGCUUUUUUUAUGUUGUGGGGGAGUUGUGCUUCUGUGUGCAUUGUGUGUUUCAACAAUAUGUUGGUAGUGAUGUCCCUGAAGGCCACACGGAGUUGAAAGCUCUCACAGAAACAUUCAUGCAAGAACGCAAGAUUGUAAAGAAGCUGCUGUCAUUCUGUCUGAGCCUUGCGUUACGAUGUGUAAACGUGCAACACCUUUCACAACCUGAGCGGUGUGUAACUUUAUAGGCGUCGUCUAAAACAGCUUUGUGUUGUAAAAAUGAAACUCUGCUCUUAAAAACGACCUUUUUGGAGAGGUGUGUGACUGUUGGAGUCACUUCUGGAAAGAACAAUUCAAGGACAUGCAGGACGCAGUGGUUCUGCUUUUGUAUCGGUUUGACAAAUGGUCAAAAAAGUGAAAUAGUCAGCACUCUUGGGUGACACUUAGCGUUCUGUUGCGGAAGCGAGGCUCGCUGUUUACGCAGUCGUUGGAAAAACUCCAAAGAUGCGUCAUGACACGUCUUUAAAAAAUUUUCUUUGCAAUUUCCUAGCUGCACCGAUUGUGGCGUAGAGGCAAAAAUGCAUGUGAAUAACAGAAAGUAAUUGGUUAAAAAGCCGUGGGUGACACGAAGGUGGAUGCAUUUGAUUUGUCACUUUGCUUUUGUUGUCCGGAGCAAAUGUAGUGUAACCGAAUGCA